UAAAUUAUAAUUUUAAUUCUUUUAUAAUUCUUGGUUCACUCUAUAUGAUACAUAUUGAAUGAAAAUGGUAGUUAUUGGCUAUUGGUAAUGGCAGAUAAAAAUAUGGUUCAAAACGCAGUAAAACCAAAAGAAAAUCAUGAAGGUGAUGAAAAUGGAUGGGAAGAAAAUGAAGAAAAUUGCAAUGAUGCUGAAUUUGAAGCUAUAAAUGCUCAACUAGAUCAGCUUAAUUCAGUAUUGGAUAACCUCGAACAAAAAAAUGACGAUAUUCGUGCAGAAUUGAUUCAAUUAUUACAAUCUAAUCGUGAAGCAAGAAAACAAUUUCAAGAAUUUCAGAGUUCUGUAAAACCAAAUUUAUAAUAUUUUAUUUUGGACGGAUGGCGCUAUUUUAAAGCAAAAAAAGUAUGGUAUAAGAAAGAGGAAUAAUAAGGCGACGAACA